AUGGCGCCGAAAGCUAAGAAAGAAGCCCCUGCCCCUCCCCAAGCCGAAGCCAAAGCAAAGGCUUUGAAAGCCAAGAAGGCGGCGCUGAAGGGCGUCCACAGUCACAAAAAAAGGAUCCGCAGGUCACCUACAUUCGGACGACCCAAGACUUUGCGUCUCGGAAGGCAACCCAAAUACCCUCGAAAGAGCGCCCCCAGGAGAAACAAGCUUGACCACUAUGCCAUCAUCAAGUUCCCCCUGACUACUGAGUCAGCCACGAAGAAAAGAGAAGACAACAACACACUUGUGUUCAUUGUGGAUGUCAAGGCCAACAAGCACAAGAUCAAACAGGCUGUGAAGAAGCUCUAUGACAUUGAUGUAGCCAAGGUCAACACCUUAAUCAGGCCUGAUGGAGAGAAGAAGGCAUACGUUCGGCUGGCCCCUGACUAUGAUGCUUUGGAUGUUGCCAACAAAAUUAGGAUCAUCUACACUGAGUCCAGCUGCUAA